AUGUCUGGCGCUUGGAACUUCAUAGGAGAUAAUCAUGAAAGCUGUCUUGAAGCAGGACAAGGUCGAGAAACCGUAGGAAUGGAUCAGCCACCACAAGGUGGUUGGCGAGGAAGACAAGAGGAUCCACCUAGUCCAUUUCCAAGCGGCAGCGGGUACGAGAGCUAUGUAGCAUCUACUAGCUCGUAUUCCACUGCCCGACCUGAGCAACGCACGCCUGGUCGACACCUACCUCCUUCUAAGCGUCGUGAUCAGACUUUGUCUAGCAGCUCAAGGCCAAGAGCCAGAUCUCAGCGAGAUACAGCGCUUUCGUCUUCAAACCGUGUGUACAAACGUCAUAUCCCCUGUAAUACACACACUCAAGUCAAGCAUCACGAGAAUGCACCACCUCGAUCUCCAGUCCUAUCGUCCCAGUUAUCCCCCCCUACAAUUGUUGUGCGACCGGCAACUCCUACUACAGACAUCAAAGAAAUUCGUUCCAUUCCUAAAUUUCGUGGAAGUCAAAGUCACCCUGGUUCAUCAUUUUCACAGUAUAGAAGUGUAAGAUCAGCUCCGUAUGGUGUUCGCAAAAGUUCCCUGAAGGUUUCAAAUAAGAGGUUCGAUAGAGGGGAUCCGUUUACCAGCUGCGAAAAGUCUGAGAAUAGAGAAUUAGAUCAGACAAGCUUGUUGGAGACUCGGGGAGAAGAGACGCAAGUAUUGGAGAUGGGUUUAACAAGGGAGAAGGCCGGAGGGCAACAGGGAGAAUUUAGGUAG